AUGCCCGGACAAAGCGCCUUAGAGCUGCUUUCACCAGAGCUACAGCAGCAGAUUCUAUUGCAAAUAGGUACCCUUGAUAUUCUAUAUGCUCUCAUCCGCGCAUCACCCCGCCUUUACCAAGUCUUCCGAUAUAACAAAGAAACCACUCUUUUAACAAUAGCGCUAUGUCAAUUCCACCCAGCUGUGCAGCCAGAAGCUGUGGCCCUUGCAGAAUUGGCGCAGAUCCAGCACCAGUCAAAACGAGAUACUCAGUCACAACGAGAUACCGCCGUGAGCUUCUGCGACACGUUCCCCGACCAGAUACAUCGGUGGUACGAAUCAAAUGCCUCAGGAUCUUUGUCAACAAAUUUAUGCAAGCUUGAUCGACUUGUCAAAAUAUUCAUAGACGACUAUGCUCAAAACACUCUUCCCGUGCUGGAUCAGCUAGGACAUUCCCAAGAUUGUAGAAUUCUGCCGGAGUACAAUCACGUCCAACAACUUCAUCUUUCAACCACCGAGAUUGGGAGACUCCAAAGGGCCUUCUGCCGCUUCGAGCUCUACAGGCACCUCUUCUCUCGCUGUACACAGGACUUUUCUAAUGGCGUCCACCAAUGCAUCAGAGAUCCGCCUCUAACCACUGCAGAGCAGGCAAAAAUGUUUCUUGAGGACUUACCCGCAUUCCAGAUCUCUGAGAUAGCAUGCAUUAGAGAUUACCUAUUCCGCCGUUUACGCGGCAUCUACGACAGAAUAGAGGACGAGGCUGUGCGAACUCUGCCAAUCGAGGCAAUGACCUUUGAGGAAUCUGAUGAAUCAGCUAUGUGGGAAUCGCCAUUCUACAUGCUUACCAACCGUGCUCAACACGAACAAGAAGAGCACUUGGAACACCUCAUGUCGCUGGGGCUACCCUACAUUCGUCAAAUACUUGAAUCAACUGGGAAUGAACAGCGAGACCUGUUUCUCCAUUACGUCUCCAGCUCUGUGCUUCAUCAUCUAGAGGGAGACUUCCUCUCCAGGGCGUUUGAGCGCUUAGGCCUCAACCCGGAUGCCCGCCGUGAUUGCCAACGCUUUUUGGACACAGAGAAAGACUUUAGCCCAGCAUGUGAUGAGAAUGGCUACUCAGAGCUUCCCCAAGGCUGGCUAUGGGCCCAUCAUCAUCUACAGCCAUCAAGACUUAUCGAUCCUGCGUACAAAGGUCUACGAGACUGGGGCUAUGUGUUCUGGGACUAUGACAGACUCCAGAAGUCUGGGAUCUUGCGGCGAGACUCGCACGAAGUGAGGAUGAUCCGCUUCUCGGACUACGUCGGUCGAUUCAAACUAAGUGUUGAGCAGCGCUUGCACGCUCUACAUCCUCCCGUCACACACUCCGGAUACGGAAGCGAUGGUCAGGAGCAGUCACCGGAAGAUCAUGAGGAGGCGAGUGUCUCUUCGCUGGACGACUCAAUAGACUGGGACGCAGAUGAAGUAGUGCUAGUGAAUUAUUGA